AUGGCCGAACAGCUAGAGAAGACCUUUCAAGGUGCUGGUGCUGAAGAUGGUAUUCCCAACUUUGACACGCAGCAGUAUUAUUCGACGAUGCAACAAGUCAUGCAAAAUCCACAGUUCAUGACCAUGGCUGAGAGACUGGGUAGUGCAUUGAUGCAGGAUCCAGCCAUGUCUGGCAUGCUCGAGAGUUUGGCAGACCCAAAUAACAAAGAACAAUUCGAAGAAAGGAUGUCUCAUAUUAAAGAAGAUCCGUCUUUGAAGCCGAUUCUGGAAGAGAUUGAGAAUGGUGGUCCUGCUGCUAUGAUGAGGUACUGGAAUGAUAAGGAGGUUCUUAAGAAGUUAGGGGAAGCAAUGGGUUUUGCUGUCGGUGAAAGUGCUGCCUCCGCAGGUGACGCCCCUGGUGAAGAUGAGGCAGAUGAAGCAAAUGACGAGGAAUCUAUCGUUCAUCAUACUGCCAGUGUUGGUGAUGUGGAGGGCUUGAAGAGUGCUCUGGCUGGUGGUGCUGAUAAAGAUGAAGAGGAUUCUGAAGGAAGGACUGCAUUGCAUUUUGCAUGUGGAUAUGGCGAGGUUAAAUGUGCUCAAGUUCUUCUAGAGGCUGGGGCUAAGGUGGAUGGUUUGGAUAAGAAUAAGAACACUCCCCUCCAUUAUGCUGCCGGUUAUGGUCGUAGGGACUGUGUCGAGCUUUUGUUGAAAAAUGGUGCUGCUGUUACUCUUCAGAACCUAGAUGGGAAGACACCCAUUGAUGUUGCCAAACUAAAUAACCAAAAGGAGGUGCUAACUUUGCUCGAGAAGGAUGCAUUUCUGUAG